GAGCGGUCACAUGACCGUAGCGGCAGCCUGUACAGUAAGAACCCAAUAUGGCAGCGGCGGUAGCAGUGGCAACGGCAGCAGGAGGACCGGCCGCCCCAUAGACCCCCCCCCGCGCACCACCCCCGCCGCUUCCUCUGCUUGGGUGCCCCCCCAGCCUGACUUCCCUUUUCUCCCACUUUCCCGGCACCGCGGGAAAAGCAGCGCAGGGCACAGCAGGCAGGGAGGGCGGCCGGAGCCCGGACACGGGAGCCUCCCAGUCAGUUCAAGACCCGACAUGAGGGAAAAGGGACGUAGGAAGAAGGGCAGGACCUGGGCGGAGGCCGCCAAGACGGUCUUAGAAAAAUACCCCAAUACACCCAUGAGUCAUAAAGAAAUUCUUCAAGUUAUCCAGAGAGAAGGACUAAAAGAAAUCAGAAGUGGGACUUCUCCUCUUGCAUGCCUGAAUGCUAUGCUUCAUACAAACUCCAGAGGUGAAGAGGGCAUCUUCUAUAAGGUUCCAGGUAGAAUGGGAGUAUAUACUUUGAAGAAAGAUGUGCCGGAUGGGGUGAAAGAGCUGUCAGAAGGUUCAGAAGAAAGCAGUGAUGGUCAGUCAGAUUCCCAGAGUUCUGAGAACAGCAGCAGCAGCAGUGAUGGUGGCAGCAACAAGGAGGGAAAAAAGAGCAGGUGGAAAAGGAAAGUAUCGUCAUCCUCCCCGCAGUCAGGCUGCCCGUCACCCACCAUUCCAGCAGGUAAAGUCAUUUCUCCAUCACAGAAGCACAGCAAGAAGGCACUAAAGCAGGCACUAAAGCAGCAACAGCAGAAGAAGCAGCAGCAGCAAUGCAGGCCAAGCAUAUCCAUCUCCUCCAACCAGCAUCUCUCUCUAAAGACUGUCAAAGCAGCCAGUGACUCUGUACCUGCCAAACCUGCAACAUGGGAAGGAAAGCAAUCUGAUGGACAGACAAGCAGCCCUCAAAACUCAAACUCCAGCUUUUCUUCCUCAGUUAAAGUGGAAAAUACUUUACUAGGCUUGGGGAAGAAGUCAUUCCAGAGAUCUGAGAGACUCCAUACCAGACAGAUGAAAAGAACUAAAUGUGCCGACAUUGACGUUGAGACACCGGACUCCAUUCUGGUUAAUACAAAUCUGCGAGCACUGAUCAACAAGCACACAUUUUCAGUCCUUCCUGGAGAUUGCCAGCAACGACUGCUUUUACUACUCCCAGAGGUAGAUCGACAGGUUGGUCCAGAUGGUUUAAUGAAGUUAAAUGGCUCAGCCCUUAACAAUGAAUUCUUCACUUCAGCAGCCCAAGGCUGGAAGGAAAGACUCUCAGAAGGUGAGUUUACACCUGAGAUGCAGGUGAGAAUUCGACAAGAGAUUGAGAAGGAGAAAAAAGUGGAGCCAUGGAAAGAACAAUUCUUUGAAAGCUACUAUGGGCAGAGUUCUGGCCUGAGCCUUGAAGAUUCUAAGAAAUUGACAGCUUCUCCCAGCGAUCCCAAAGUAAAGAAAACCCCAGCUGAACAACCAAAAUCCAUGCCUGUGUCAGAGGCCUCUCUUAUCAGAAUAGUUCCAGUAGUCCCCCAGUCGGAGUGUAAAGAAGAAGCAUUGCAAAUGUCAUCACCAGGCAGAAAAGAAGAGUGUGAAAGCCAAGGUGAAGUGCAGCCGAACUUCUCCACAUCUUCAGAGCCCCUGCUCUCCUCAGCUCUCAAUACACAUGAGCUUAGCAGCAUUCUUCCCAUCAAGUGCCCAAAGGAUGAGGAUCUCUUGGAGCAGAAGCCAGUCGCCUCUGCUGAGCAGGAAUCUGAGAAGAAUCAUCUCACCACAGCUCCUAAUUAUAACAAAAGUGAAAGCCAAGAAUCUUUAGUUACAUCGCCAAGCAAACCCAAGAGUCCUGGGGUUGAAAAACCAAUAGUGAAGUCCACAGCAGAAGCAGGUCUACAGGAGACUACUACGAAAGAACCUCUAGCAACUCUUGUUGAUCAGAGCCCAGAAAGCCUCAAGAGGAAGUCUUCCCUCACCCAAGAAGAGGCCCCUGUGAGCUGGGAGAAGAGGCCACGUGUCACUGAGAAUCGCCAGCACCAGCAGCCAUUUCAGGUCUCACCACAGCCCUUUCUCAAUAGAGGGGACAGAGUCCAGGUGCGAAAAGUACCACCUCUCAAGAUCCCGGUCUCCAGAAUCUCCCCCAUGCCGUUUCAUCCAUCGCAGGUCUCUCCCAGGGCUCGUUUUCCAGUCUCCAUCACUAGUCCUAACAGAACAGGAGCCAGAACUCUUGCAGACAUCAAAGCAAAAGCCCAACUGGUCAAAGCACAGAGGGCAGCAGCCGCCGCUGCCGCCGCAGCUGCUGCAGCCGCCUCAGUUGGAGGGACCAUUCCAGGACCUGGUCCAGGGGGUGGACAAGGUCCAGGAGAGGGUGGUGAAGGGCAGACUGCUAGAGGAGGCAGUCCAGGCUCAGACAGAGUCAGUGCAACUGGAAAGGGCCCCACACUGGAACUGGCAGGAACUGGAAGCAGGGGAGGUACGAGAGAGCUUUUACCCUGUGGUCCAGAGACUCAGCCCCAGUCUGAGACCAAGACCACCCCAGGACAGGCACAGCCUCAUAGUGUCUCUGGAGCACAACUACAGCAAACCCCCCCAGUGCCUCCAACACCUGCCAUCAGUGGAGCAUGCACAAGUGUCCCAUCACCAGCCCACAUAGAGAAAUUGGAUAAUGAAAAACUGAACCCCACCAGAGCAACAGUCACAGUGGCCUCUCUAAGCCAUCCACAAGGGCCCAGUAGUUGCAGACAGGAGAAAGCACCUUCUCCAACAGGUCCUGCUCUAAUCUCAGGUGCCUCACCUGUUCAUUUUGCAGCUGAUGGCACAGUUGAGCUCAAAGCAGGUCCUAGUAAGAAUAUACCUAACCUUUCAGCCUCAUCAAAGACAGAUGCUAGUGUGCUAGUGGCUGUAACUCCCUCCCCUUUAACAUCUUUAUUGACCACAGCCACUUUAGAAAAGCUUCCUGUACCCCAGGUCAGUGCAACUACAGCACCUGCUGGAUCAGCUCCACCCUCGAGCGUUUUGCCAGCAGCUUCAGCUUCUAGCCUUAAAACCCCAGGAACUUCUUUAAACAUGAAUGGACCCACUUUAAGACCAACCUCUAGUAUCCCUGCUAAUAAUCCUUUAGUGACUCAGCUGCUUCAAGGCAAAGAUGUUCCCAUGGAGCAAAUUCUGCCUAAACCUCUCACCAAAGUUGAAAUGAAAACGGUUCCACUGACUACAAAAGAGGAAAGGGGAAUGGGAGUGCUCAUAGGUACCAACACAACAGAAAAUAGUACCAGAGAGGAAGUUAAUGAGAGACAGUCCCAUCCAGCUACCCAGCAGCAGCUGGGCAAAACCUUGCAAAGUAAGCAGCUCCCCCAGGUUCCAAGGCCCCUUCAGCUCUUUUCAGCUAAGGAGCUGAGGGACUCCAGCAUUGACACACACCAAUACCAAGAAGGACUAAGUAAAGCAACCCAAGAUCAGAUCCUUCAGACUCUCAUUCAGAGGGUUCGGAGGCAGAAUCUUCUCUCAGUUGUGCCGCCCUCGCAGUUCAACUUCGCUCACUCAGGUUUCCAGCUGGAAGACAUCUCCACAAGCCAGAGGUUCAUGCUGGGUUUUGCUGGCAGAAGGACAUCCAAACCUGCAAUGGCAGGGCACUACUUACUGAAUAUUUCUACCUACGGCCGGGGCUCAGAGAGCUUUAGGAGAACCCAUUCUUUAAACCCUGAAGACCGUUUUUGUCUAAGCAGCCCCACUGAAGCCUUGAAAAUGGGAUAUACAGACUGUAAAAAUGCAACAGGAGAGAGUAGCAGCAGCAAAGAAGAUGACACUGAUGAGGAAAGUACUGGUGAUGAGCAGGAAUCUGUCAUGGUGAAAGAGGAGCCCCAGGUUUCCCAGAGUGCUGGCAAGGGUGACACAAGUUCAGGACCCCACAGCAGGGAAACUCUGUCUACCAAUGAUUGCUUAGCUAGCAAGAAUGUGAAAGCUGAGAUACCAGUGAGUGAGCAAACCACUUUAAGUAAGGAGAAUUACCUGUUCACUAGAGGCCAAACAUUUGAUGAAAAGACCCUAGCCAGAGAUUUAAUUCAGGCAGCACAGAAGCAGAUGGCUCAUGCAGUGAGAGGUAAGACAAUCCGUAGCAGCCCCGAGCUUUUCAAUUCUACUGUUCUUCCUCUGCCUGCAGACAGCCCCACCCACCAGCCCCUACUCCUUCCACCCCUGCAAACCCCGAAGUUGUAUGGAAGCCCCACCCAGAUAGGGCCAAGCUACAGAGGCAUGAUCAAUGUCUCCACCUCAUCUGACAUGGACCAUAACUCUGCUGUACCAGGUAGCCAGGUAUCUAGCAAUGUAGGUGAUGUCAUGUCAUUUUCAGUGACUGUCACUACCAUCCCUGCUAGCCAAGCUAUGAAUCCCAGCAGCCAUGGCCAGACCAUUCCUGUUCAGGCCUUCCCUGAAGAGAACAGCAUAGAGGGCACGCCUUCGAAAUGUUACUGCCGCUUAAAAGCCAUGAUCAUGUGCAAAGGCUGUGGCGCUUUCUGCCAUGAUGAUUGCAUUGGCCCCUCCAAACUGUGCGUCUCCUGCCUUGUCGUUCGGUAAUGAGACUAGAAAGAGAUACACUGUAAAGGAGGGGGAAGGGAAGGGUUGACCAGUUGGGUUUUUUGUGUCCUUUUGGAAUCACAGAAAUAAACAAGUAGGUUUCAGUUGUCUUCAGAGACAAAUGUUACUUAAUCAGGAAUACAAAGUACAGAUUUUUUACAUUUUAGAGGAAGAGCACCUUGUAUAGUAAGCCUAAGUCAAGCAAGACUUUGUGAAUUUGUGACAAGUUUGCACUUACAAAAUCAUGUAAAUAUGUCACAUUUUGUUUAACAUUAUUUUUCCAAGUGUUUAAGUAAUAAUGUAUUACUUUGAAUUCAGAUUUGUGUUCUACUACUUGUGACUGAGUAAAGUUUAAUGCCAGCAUGGUAAAAGGAAGCUGUCUCCCUUCUGACAUUUCCUAGGAAGCUAGGAAAAGGAAAGUGAAGGAAUGGUCUAAAGAAAUGACCAUUCACACUGAUUUUGUCUGGACAGUCUGGCCGCAGGUUAUUCAUAGAUUAUUCAGCCUUUGCAGGACUUGGAUUCAGGGUUUUACUCAGUCCCUUUACCUUAGGUGGAAUCUUAUUAAAUUGAAAUUUUUGGUAAGGAAUGCAUUUCAUAGGUAGUGUUUCAGACUCUGAAAGCCCUGACUUGGUUCUUGGCUUCUACUGUACUAGUUACUAGUUACUAGUACUGUUGCCAAGCAAUCUGCUUGGAAUUUGUGGAUCCCUGCUGUUCCCUAAUCCCACCCCCUGCCCUGAGACAGUGAAUGUAGUCCGUGAAGGGAGUGCCUCUCUGGGGACCCCCUGUGUUGUUACAGGCUGUGCAGUGCAACAAUUCCAGCAAAAAUACCUUAUCCCCACACAGUCAUUCGUGGUAACUAACAAUUUUGAAAUACUCAUAUAAAAUGAACAGGAAAGUGUUAGUGAUUGGGUGAUUUGAGCUACAUCUUGCUGAGCAAGGGGAGUGAAACCACAGAAACUGUUAAAUUGAACGUAAAGAACUUUGGAAAACAAUUUUGACACUAGAACAAGGUCGCCUCUCUUUUCCUCUUCUCUCCCAACCUGUUAACCUAGUGCUAGAUAGUCAGCUGUUGUUGCAGGUAGAAAAGCUCACCAAUGCCACAUUUGUUCCUUCUUUUCAACCUCUUUUGACCUCCCAGGCAUCUGAACAGGAUGACAUCAUCUUAUAUCUUACUUUACACAUACGAGUAUGUGCACACACAUACACAAUACGAGACACUUUUCCUGUUUUAGAAAAUAUAGCCCUUGUUUGGAUUACUGCUGUCUGAGCACUAGAAAUUUCUAAUGGAAAGGGGCCUCAGUGAAUGGCUAAGGGAAUGUCGGGAAAGGAAGGAAAAUGAGCCCUAAAGGUUUUUUGGUUGCUUGUUUUUGUUUCUUUUUCUUUCUUGUUUCCUUUUUUGUUUUUAAAUCCUUCUGUAGUGACUGAAGAAUUUGUGAGUACAUAAUAUUUAGGUCAUGGUUAAGGAACAUUAAAAUAAACCUGCAGUUUAACAGAAUUUUGUAUUAAAUGGGGGAGUGUCAAUUUGCAUCAUUUGCAUAUUGAUUUCAAGUCUCCUAAUUUGGAAUUUGUAAAGUACAAAUGUUAAUGCAACAUAGUACAGUUGUAUUUGUCCGUCAUAUUCAGGAUGUGAUGUUUACAAAAUGCAGAACAGUUUAAACUUGUUAAGUCACAUUCCAGAUUAGGAGAAAAUGGGCAAUAAUAAUCUCUGUUUUGCCCCCAUUCUACUACCCACCACUGCCCACCCCACCCCCACAUCACACACUCUUUGAUGCUUUCCCACAGCCCCUGCUCCGCUCCAUAAGAAACUCGCUUCACUGUUUUUCACUUUUCACUUCUGGCUUUUUUGUGGCCCAAGGCCAAUAUAGGAUUAAUAUCUGUGUUCCAGCUUCAGCCAGAACAGUAUGUCUGUCCAUCUUUCCCCCUUUCUUCCAGCACACACACAGAUAAGAGAUAAGAAGGCUACAAGGAUUGGGGAUAAGGAGUAUAUUUUCAAGCCAAGAACCAGUAGAAAACAGAAAUAAUGGUGCUCCCAAACAUUCAAUACGUCGGGCAAUCCAAGAAGGGUUUAAAGAGACCUGUUGCUGAAUAGAACUCUCCCUGCCCUACCCCUUCACUCCACCUUAGUGCCAGGGCUGAGGGCUGGUCUGCGUGCUGGAAGAGGUUGAGAGUUUUGGAAUUGACUCCAUGCUAAAUGUCAGUUACCAAUUUGGAUUGAUGAAAGUGAUUUUUCUGCUUUACCCUUCUCCUGUCAGAAAGGUUUUCCUCUGUGCUUCCCUUAACUUUAGGAUGAACAGACUAUAGGAAAGGAGGAAAGGUAUCAGAGACUUUUAAGUCCGUUUAGAGAGCAAACCAUAUUGUGCCUCUUCAUCUUGACCCAGGCUCUUAUAGAUAGGUCCUAAACAUUGCUGUUCACCAGAUUAUCUUAAAUAAUACUCAGCUAAAUAUUUGCAUUUAGGAAUACUCCUAAAACAGAUAUUGCCAACUAGAUACACUGCCUCAAUCUUGACCAGACGAGAGAACAGUUAAAUUCUCUUAGUUGGGUAGUAACUUGAAUAACAGUCUAUUUAUCAGUUUGUUUCAACACAGAGGUUUCAAGUAGAAAGCCAUUCAUCUUAAAAGCUGAACAGAAAAAUUAAAAAAAAAACCACAUUAAAAUCUGGCCUUUUAGAAAAUGAAGCAGUAGAAACAAAACCUUUAUUAGUAUGGUACUCCAGCAGCACCUUUAAAGCAAUCUUUACCUUAGUUUUUUGAGUUGUUUUACCUUUCAGCCCAAUCUGAAAAGUUUUAAUAAAUACUGAGCUUAUUCUUAGGUUAUGACCUGGCAUUAUUUCCAGUGACUAGUCAGGCAUUAUGCCUGAUGCAUAUGCCUCCCGUGCACCCCUAUCCAGCCUUCAGAUGUCCUGCACUGCAGGUCACCCCAGGAGAUAGCAUCAAUAAUAUAGCCUCAGUCUUGUUUAUGAAGAUUCUAAGUUGUCUGGUAAAGAAGUCUCCCUGAAUCUUAAAUAAUUUUGGAGAAUUAGAAUUCUCCAUCUUAUUAAACAGAAAGUAAAGCCAAAUAGCCUGGAGUUGUUUGUCCUACUUCUGUUCCAUAACCGCUAUGCUCAAGAUACUGAAGCUAUCUGUGGUAUUUCAUGUAACAUUUCUAAGAAUAAGAGCUGGCAAAUGGGAAACUUGGGGUGGAGAGAGCAUACUUAUUGGGCUGUGAAGGCACACAGAUGUACAUGUUUUAGAGCUUAUCUCAGAUUUAAAUAGCCAAAGGAAGACCUCUUUGCCUUCCAGGUGAAGGUGCAAAGUCAUACAUAUUAAUGACCUGACAGUUAACAUUCUGUUGCUUAUUAUUGCCUUUCUCCACCUUAGAGAGCCAUAAAUAACUCUCUGGUGAAGUGAUUUGCUAUAAUGGGGGUGAGGAGUGGGGAGACUUCUCUGGUCAUUACACUGCUAUUUAUUUCUAGAAUUCACUAUCAGCAGUGCCAGAGUGUUUUCUCUUUGACCUAGAGGUUUCACAUCAUAGCAAGGAGGGAAAAGUCUCCCCAUCUCAUUACAACAGUGUGCUAAGUAAGUAACUUGGCCAAGGGUAGUUUUCAGCUCAAUUUAUAGAAUAGUCCAAAGAGACUUUGAGAAACAUGGUGAUAGGCAGGGGCCUUUCCUACCAUGUUUCAAUACCUACAAACCUAUUGAAAGAGAACAGUAGGUAAAACAUUUCCUAAAGUUGAAGCAAUAGCUUCGUAGAUUCUUGGUUACUUUAUUUUUUUUAAUGCUUUACAUUUGAUACAACUAUUGAAGAUCAAUUUUAAAAAUAGCUUUCCAGUAAUAUAUUUUAAGUAAUAUAUAUUUUAAUAUCUGUAAAAAGUGACAGUGGAAGACUUUGAAUUUCUCAUAUAUGGUAUGUUUGAUGUAGGACCUCACUGUUAAGGCACAAAUUAUUUCAAAGGAAGUUACUCUAAAGACACUCAGAUUAUUUCAGAAAAAUGCAAUAAGGGGAAUAGUUUUGGGGUUUAUUUUUUAUUUUAAAAGAAAAUUGACUUAUUUACCACAAGCUAUUUUUUUCCCUUCUGGCUAUAAGGUUUGUACAGACUGGUUUGGUAAAUGCUAAACUUUUGUGUCUUUUGCCUUUUUAAAGGAAUUGUUAACAUUGGAAUUGAGGGUAUGUACAGAGAAGUUGGUGUCAACACCAUUUAAAAAGUCAUAUUUUUUCACAAAUAUAGAAAAUCAUUUUACAUAAGAAUUUUAAGUAUUUGCAAUAAAUAUAUGUAUAUAGAUUGUAUGUAUUCCUAUAUUCUUAUUUUUCAUUUUAUUAUUAAGUAAAAGAUCAUUAAAAGUGAAAAUAAAAACCUUGGAGUUUUUUGGUGAAUCUUGAGGUUUGACGUACAUCUGAGAGUGGCAUGGGUAAGGGUCCUCAGUUACUGCCUUAUACUACUAUGGGAUGGUUACCACAGAUUGUAUGGAAGAGAGUAAAAUGAGGAACUUGGUGAUAAAUCAGGGUAGUGUAUUUCUUUUGGAAUUUAAGUAAAACUGAUUAAAUUUUCCUUAUCUGUCUGUCUCCAUGUUUUCUCCCUUAAUCUAUUUUGUCUCCUAACCCCCUAGCAUUACUGGAAAAAUGAAGAAAUGCGGUGCAGCUUAAUUAAUGUGCCCAUUGUUUGCUCCUAAAUCAAAGAAUGGUAAGGAAAUAUCUCGGGGGAAAAAUAGUUUUCCUUUCUCCACAGUGGUUGACAUUUACUGCCACCACUUUUCCAGGCCUUAGGGGAGUGUGAAGAAAUAGUUUCUUGAAGAUGAUAGAAAAAAAUUUUUUUUCUGUUUCCCAGUUCUCUCAGAAGUGAGUUUCAUAGCCAGUCAUGUCCUUCCUGCUUGUCUAAUCUGGAGAGGUCAAAGAGCAAGGAGAAUAGUGUGAAGAGGAACACCUGUGCCUUGAUUAGGUUCUAUUUCAGCAUUUGACACUUGAAUUUUGAACUCCCCUGGGUCAGGAAGGGUAGCUAUGGAAAUGAGGUCUGAGCCAGUUGGUAGGAAAGGUUGUCUAUAUGCCCAUACCGAGAUUGCUGUCUAAUCCACGAGAACUCUUUUUGUGGCUGCAAAGUAAAUACUUGAUUUUAGGAUAUGAUAGCAAACUGGUGCCUACAUCGUCUUUAUAAAGAAAAGUAUAUAGCCCAUUUUUUAACAACUGAAUAAUAUAUCGAAUCAUUGAUGACCUAAAAGAAAAAUUGUUAAGGUCAGAUUUUUGAGAAUGUAUCUUGAUGACCCAUAAAACUGACUUUUUAUUGUAGUUCACUAGUUCCCAUAAUUGCCCAGCUGUGGUUAUUUUCACUGAAAAGAAAAAAUAUAUUUUGGAAGUUAACAUAAGGAUACACUGGCUUUUUUUUUUUUUUUCUUUACAUUGGCUUUUUAAAAGACAGUUUUUAUUUUUCAAAUACUGGAAUGUCAAAUGUCUGGGUUAUCCCAAGAUGUUGGAGAUAAUUCAGCCUUCCAAGAGAACAGCAGUCUAGAUCUUAGCUGAAAAUGUGCUAUUUCUUUUUUGAGACGGAGUCUCGCUGUAUCGCCCAGGCUGGAGUGCAGUGGCGCAAUCUUGGCUCACUGCAAGCUCCGCCUCCCGGGUUCACGCCAUUCUCCUGCCUCAGCCUCUCCGGGCAGCUGGGACUACAGGCGCCCGCCACCACGCCCGGCUAAUUUUUUGUAUUUUUAGUAGAGACGGGGUUUCACCGUGGUCUUGAUCUCCUGACCUCGUGAUCUGCCCGCCUCGGCCUCCCAAAGUGCUGGGAUUACAAGCGUGAGCCACCGCGCCCGGCCGAAAAUGUGCUAUUUCUAAAGGAAACUUCUUAAGUCUCAGGGGACAUCAGCAUCUUCAUAAUUUCCAUAUAUAAUAAGAAUGAAGGUAAAAUAUUUAAAUGUGUACAAACUAAUCCAUAAUGACCGUUUACAAAGAUUGACUCCCCAUUUCUGGUACAUAUUUAUCAUUAUUUAGCUGGGUCUCCUAUCUCGUGGGAAGAUAAAUUUAUAUUCAGAUGAUGACAUGGGUGCCUGCAAGUAGAGUUGGUCUGCAGCUGAGGGAGAAAGAGCAACAUACCAGAAGACAAGACAGCUUCAACCUGGAUCCCCAGCUACCCUUUAUUUACUGCACAGAGUCAGAAACCCGUGUUCAUUGCUUCUUAGACUACUUGACCUCAGCUGGUCUUUAGAAGUCUUAACUUUUUAUGUACAAAUCAUGUUAUUUACUAAUUCAAGUAUUUAUAGAGCACCUACUGUGCACUAAGCACUAAAGUGCUGGUUAUGCAAAGGUAAACAAAAAUAGUCAUGUAAGUUGCAGAAAGGUUUUCCUAAAGUAGUGACUAUACAGCAUGUUUCUAGUUCUAGGCUCAAGGAGUAAUACUACCUUUUUCCCAAGAUGUGUUGAAAAUUUAAAUGAGUUAUGAAACGGAAGUGUUUGAGACACUGGACACAGUAGUGGCAAAUACAUGAAGAAAGAAGGUCCCUAGAUGAAAAAAGUGUGGAAAUGAGCCAUAUUAAUAAAAUGCACCUUUUUUGAGAACUGUUGUUGGAAUAGCUAAAGUUGUCUGUAGAAAUUUCAAGAAAUCUCUAACAUUUAAAUUAGAAGCAGACCAGCAGCAAUCUCUGUCAGUAGUUAAUUUAGGUCAGUGUGUUUUGUUAAACUAUCCCUUUCAAAUACAGUUGGGUAAAUAAUGCAGCUUUCCUGUCACUGUUCAAACCUAAAGAAGCUAAAGGGAAUUUUUCUUAAAACAUGAUUUUCAUCUUAUAGAUGAUAAGUAACUGUAUCUCUUCAUUUGGAAUUGUUGCAUCCCAGUUUUUCUCCAUAAUGGAUAAAAUUACUUUCGUGUCCUUUUCUAUUCUAACAUAGAAGUGGCUGCUCCUUUUUUUUCUUAAGUCACAACUUGAAUUAAAAAGGGCUUCAGCAGGACUCUAGCGCUUUUCAAAGAAGAAUUUGGUGUAUUCCACUAUGUAAUGUAGUCUCAACUCUGUCCAGGAACCAGGAGGAUGAGUGUCCUCAGUUUUCCUAAUACUUGGGAACCUUUAACAAUAGAUUGGGUUGUUUUUGUUUUUGUUUUUCAUAGAGACUGUAUAGACUCUGUACUUCCAUGUAACUUUCUGCCUUAACCUAAAAGGGGAUUCCCUGGAAGGAGAUCUUGUAACAGGAAGGAAAAGCGAAACCAGGAAAAGAGCCAGAAAUGAUCAACUUGGAGAUGGGCUGUGGCUAAAUAGUGGGUUUUCCUGAAGAGUGACUUCAACCUCACUUUUCGUGCUUCUUCAAACCCGAAAGAACCUAAAGGGAAUUUUUAAAAAUCCUGAUUUUCUUCUUAAUUGUAAAACCUAGAGGAUGCCUUAGGGAGAAGAAAGAUAACCUGGAAUUUGGUUUUAAAUGGAUUUAAGUAAACUUUGAAUUAAGUAGCUUAUUCCAUUUUUGAAAGAUUUCUUUUUAAGAUUUUAGAUUCACUUAAUGUAAUGUUGAAUUGCCAUGAAUGUAACCUGGAGUUUGAUCUGGGACAUUCUGUGGGAUAAGGAAUCGUUUUCUAUUGAACUAUGGUGGCUUUUGCCACUAAUCAGGAUUUAGGGCUGUGCACCUCCAUCUGUUAAGUGAAAUGGAACCUGGCUUCCUAAACACUAUAUUAGACGAACUUGAGUCAAUACUUUUGUUAAGUUUAAUCAGGGAUUCUCAAAAUAUUUAAAUAUUUAAGAUUCAAAUUAGCCCAAUAGAAAGCAGUGUAUUAAAUGUUACCAAAAUAUCUGAAGAUACUUUAGAACUAUUUUACACAAAGCUUAUGUCUUUCCUGUGGAAAGUAUCGUACAUAAAAUUUUACAUUCUUUUAAAAAACAGAAUCUAAUAUCUUCAGAUACCUAGAGCUUGGAAAUUAUAAUAGAGUUGGGCUUUGACCCUAAGUCAGUAGUUCUUUUCAUUUUAGAUUUUCAGGCAAGUUUCAGUAGUUUGGAGACUUCUUUAGUAGUGAACCCAGUUUAACCUACAUAUAAUCACUUUGCACACAUUUUAACUUAAUCAGAUGCUUCCAGAGUCUUGGAUUUGGUUACCCUCUUGUUAGAUAAGGAGACAGAUUCUAGGUUGGGACAAACAUCUUAAUUUAUUCUCUAAUAAUAAAGUACUGAUUAAAGAGCAAGUUUGUUCUCAGAGAAUUCACAAAAUUUCUAGAAUCCAUGAAAGAUCUAGAGAACAUAACAGAUGAAACUAGAAAUUUGAAAAAAAAAAAAAAAAAACUUAGCUGUCUAAGUGCUUUGACCUAUUUUUUUUAAAAAACCUGUCUUAAUUCUAUGACUGCAUCGCACCCUUCACCAGCACUAAGAGAAGUCGGAAUGGAAGAAAUGACCCUAUGUAAUUCUUAUUCACUUAAAAUCUUUGUGCGCAUAGGCCUUAGCACUUUGACAAAUAAACUGCCUUUUAGCUCCUCACUAUCGUCUUUUUUCCUCUCACUUUUAGGCUGUUCUUUCAUUGGUCGUAUAAAAACUACCUUCUUCGAAGUUGAAUGUAUGUUUCUGCACAUAGACAAACCGUAUUUUACUGACUCAUUCUAUGUUGAAUAAAGGCAUACAGUUUUACUCUA